AUGGCAGCAAUCGGAUCUCUCGUCUUCUGUACCGACUGCGGUAACCUGCUUCCCUCGACCAAGGGUACCGAGCGGAAUGUACUUAGCUGCGAAUGCUGUGGCGCAGAGAAUCGAGAUACCGGCUCCAAGUCCAUUGUCACGCAAACGAAGCCGUCCGACUUCCCCUCCUUCCUGAGGCAGAAGCUUCAGUCAAACGUCCAGGCCGUCGAGAAACACAACAUCCAAACCGACAGUAUCAGCCAGGAAUCAUGCCCAGUCUGUGCCCGAGAAAACGUCAAGUACACCAACGUGCAGCUGCGUGGUGCAGAUGAAGGCUCAACGGUCAUCUACCUCUGCGACUGCGGCAACUCGUAA